AUGGCCUUAACUGAUGUGUUGUUGAUGCCACAUGAUGCGUUUUUGUAUAGCGGGAAAUAUGUAUUGCCGUUUCCUCCAUCAUCGCUAUCAUCCUUGAAGCCCCUUAGAAACAAAGUCAAAAGAUCGAAAACGGCUGUAACCACAACGAAUAAACAAAGAUAUUACAGCAGCAGCAACAACAACAACAAUUUUUAUAACCCCACAACCAACAACAGCACGGCCACUGCAACCGGAAGUGACGUACCAACUGUUUCCGCUAAAAUUUCACCAAAUUUUGCCGGGGAUCUUUUCAUUCCUAACAUCGGCGUGGCCAAGCUGCAAAGGAUGAGAAACUUUUCCACGAAAAAAAAUGGCGGAAUUGUAAAUAGAGGCGACUCGUUUAGGAUUAGGAAAGCUAACAUAGAAAUAGUAGUGGAUUCGAGAUCAGGCCAUCACCUGGAAUCUCGUGACGUCACUAAACACAUCGUACUGGUUGCUGGCGGUUGUGGUGUUGGCAAGACGACCCUCAUAAAACAACUCAUGACGUCAGAACACGCUUAUAAUAACAACAACAAUAAUAAUAAUUAUGGUAAUAAUAAUAAUAAUAAUUAUAACUCUGAUAAUAAUAAUGAUAAUGAUUUGCGGGGCGAUGCUUUCCAUGAUAGAACGACAGAAGUAGCGGUAAAACUGGAUGACACUGAAAUGAUUCUGACAUUCAUCAAUACAUCAACAUUACAACAACAACAACGACAUCAACAUCAACAUCAACAACAACAACGACAUCAACAACAACAAUUUUGUAGUUGCAUUAUAGUCGUAUAUUCAGUGGCCGAUGUUUUAUCGUUCAAACAAGCUCAGAGAAUUCUGAAUGAUCUGAAAUUUAACAUCAACAACAACAUCAGCAACAUCAACAACAACAACAACAUCAACAACAACAACAACAUUAACGAAAAUAUCAACGACAUAAUUUGCGGUUUAAACUUGAAGUACAGCAGAAGCACCUCCGUCAUACUGGUGGCCAACAAAAAUGACCUUGUUAGAAAUAGACUCAUUGAUGAGUUUGAUGGCAAGCGCCUGGCCACAAGGCACCACCGGAAGUUCAUCGAGGUCUCCUCCAUGUUGGACCACAACAUUGAACAGCUGUUGGUGGGCGUGGCUAGGCAGAUCCAACUGCGAUCAACCAAUCGGAAUUCACCUCACCCCCUGUCACGUGAUUCGCGUAGGCGGGCUGACCUUAUAGAUGACGAUCGUGAAGAUUAUGAUGACGAUUACAUCGGCUGUGGUUAUGAUGAUGAUGGUGGCGGCGAGAGAGAAUUUAAUGGUAACCGCGAUGAUGACGACGACGACGAUGAGAGUAGUUACUUCAACAAUCUAUGCGUCAUCGAUUUCGAUUCAACGUCAACCAACAACACCACAAUUACGACAAUUAAUGACGACAACAACAACAACAACAUCACCAUGACAACAACAACAAUAACAGCAACAGCAACAAAAUCUAAAAAUAGCAACAACCUUUUUCUGAAACCCCUGGCUAGCAGAACAAAACUGGAUGGGUUUUUCCAGACCAGAGUGGGGAAUUUCGUGAAGGGUAUUUUGGGAAGAAAAAAAUCUAGGGCAAAAUCUAUGGUUGGGGGGAUUGUUGGAAAAUCAUGGAAAUGUGAUGAUCUGAUGACAUUAUGA